UGUCAUCUAGUUCCUUGUUUGUGUAUGUGUGACAGAAGCUCGAAGAAUCAAAGAUUAAGGGAAUUUGCAGCAAGGAACCAGGGACUUAUAAUUCAUCCUUUUUCUAAUCUCCUUGUAGCUAAAAGGACUCAUGCUCAAAUACUGAAGCAAGCUCAUCAUAUUCCGUUACCUCACAGUGAAAGUUCAUUUUCAGACGAGGAGGGUGAAUAUAUUUUUGAGAUGGGUGAUCAAACACUAAAGCAGCUCGCAGCUCCAACGUUUGAUCCAAAUUUAUUGUGCAUAGUAGACGAUGAGGCAGAAAUUGAGAUCAAGCCUGGGUUGAUUAGAGCUCUUCCCACAUUUUCAGGUUUCCGUAAUACUAACUCCUUGGGUUCAGUUCACAUGAAUGAGGCUAGCAAAUUUUUUAAGGAAUUUCACUUAGCAUGUGCGGGGAUGAAACCAGCUGGGGUCACCCUCGACCAACACAAGUUGAAGGCAUUUCCUUUUGCCUUGUCUGAUGUUGCUAAGGAGUGGUUGUUUGAAGUACCUGCUGGAACCAUCACAACAUGGGAUCAAAUGCUAAAAGUAUUCGUAGAAAGAUAUUUUCUAGCAUCUUUGAUAGCCAAUAUCAGGAAAGAAAUAUGUGGGAUUCGACAAGACGAUGCAGAGACACUUCAUGAGUACUGGGAGCGUUUCAAAAAACUAUGUGAUAGUUGUCCAAACCAUCAGAUCAGUGAGCAAUUAUUAGUACAAUAUUUUUACGAAGGACUUAGGGAGACAGAUAGGAAUUUAGUUGAUGCAGCAAGUGGUGGAGCACUGGUUGACAAAACACCCGCAGAGGCAAAGAAACUGAUUGCAAACACAGCUACAAACUCUCAGUAUCGAGGAGGUCGAAAUAUCAAAACCACUUCUGUACGUCAGGUUAAUCAAGUGGUGAGUUCUAACCUCGAGCAACAAAUAGCUAAACUCACUUCCUUAGUGGAGCAAGUAAUGAUCGAAAAAGGGCAAGAAAAAGCUUGUGGCCUCUGUUCAAUGGUAAGACACCCAACUGAUAUGUAUCCUACUAUGCAAGAAGAACAAGUGAAUUCUAUUGGUGGUGGUCAGGGGCAGCAAAGACGUUAUGAUCCGUUCUCUCUGACUCAUAAUCCGGGGUGGAGAGAUCAUCCAAACCUGAGAUAUGGUAAUGCUCAACAGCAGGCAGACAACUCUAACCUCAGACCACCAGCUUUCCAGCAGCAGCAAGCAUCUAAUCCUCCACCUGGUUUUCAUCAGCAACCCCAAUAUCAGCCGCGACCUCAAAAUCUGCAAGUUUCCCAGCCACAAUCUGGCAGCAUGUCUCUGGAAGAUAUCGUGAAGGCAAUGGCUGACAACACUUUGCAUUUUCAGCAAGAGACAAGAAGUGGUCUAAAGAACUUGGAGAACCAAGUUUCUCAGUUAGCUAUGGGAAAGCUCCAAGCUUAGAACUCUAACAAGCUUCCGAGUCAACCAGAGAGAAAUCCGAAGGAGAACGCGAGUGCAAUCUCACUUAGAAGUGGCAAGCAAUUAGUGAUCCCAGCGAAAAAGACUGAAGGGCUGGCAGAACACCAAGAGGAACAGGAGAUUAUUGUUUUAGAGCAAGAUAAGCAGCUCCCUAAGGUAAGUGAUGUUGUUUCUCCUAAUACUAAUCAGUUUUCUUCUUCUGUUCCAUUUCCUAGCAGGUUAUCAUCUAAGAAUAAGAAGAAAAAGCAAGAAAAGGAGAAAGAGACCCUAGAUAUAUUUUGCAAGGUUGAGGUGAACAUGCCUCUACUGGAAGCUAUAAGAAAAGUGCCGCGAUAUGCAAAGUUCUUGAAGGAGUUGUGCACUAACAAGAGGAGAUUGAGUGGAGAUGAAAAAUAUAGUGUAAGUGAGAAUGUUUCUGCUGUGUUACAGAGGAAAGUUCCUCCAAAGUGCAAGGAUCCAGGUAUUUUUACUAUACCCUGUAAAAUAGGUAACACGAGAUACGAUAAAUGCAUGCUAGACUUAGGAGCUUCUGUUAAUGUCAUGCCUUUAUAUAUCUAUAAAGCUCUGAACUUAGGACCUUUGAAAGACACUCGAGUGAUUAUUCAGCUUGCCGACCGUUCUAAUACAUACCCUGUAGGAGUAGUUGAGGAUGUCUUGGUGCAAGUGAAUGAACUGGUAUUUCCUGCUGACUUUUAUGUUUUUAGAUAUGCCAAAUGAUGAAUCCCCUAGUGCAGCACCUAUCUUAUUAGGAAGACCUUUUCUGAAAAUGUCCAGAACUAAAAUUGAUGUUCACAGUGGGGUGUUGACCAUGGAAUUCGAUGGGGAGAUUAUCCGUUUUAAUUUAUUUGAUGCUAUGAGAUACCCCUCUGAUUGUGAAUCUGUUUCUAGUAUAGAUGUCAUUGAUGCACUAAUUGAGCGAGUAUUUUGUCUCUCCGGUCAUGAUGGGUUAGAUAUUGUUUUGACUGAACCUGUGGAAAAAGAGAAAUAUACUGACUUGCAGGAACAUUUUGAGCUUGAAGAUGAGAUCAAGGAAGCUUUCUCUUCUUUAGAAGUGCUUCCAAAUAAGCAAGGAAGGUAUGCAGAUCGUUUUAUGAAAUUACCUGUCACAUCUAACAUACUUCUGCCUUCUACUGUACAGGCACCUAGAGUGGAACUAAAGCCACUGCCAGACCAUCUCAAGUAUGCAUUUUUGGGAGGAAAUGACACUCUACCAGUUAUAAUCGCGAGUAAUCUAACUCCAACUCAUGAGCAAAAGCUGGUGCAAGAUCUGAAGGACCAUAAAACAGCUCUAGGGUGGACGGUUGCUAAUAUAAAAGGAAUUAGCCCUUCUAUGUGUCAGCAUAGAAUCUUAUUAGAAGAGGGAGCUAAACCUAUGAGACAAGUGCAAAGGCGACUUAAUCCACCUAUAAUGGAAGUGGUGAAGAAAGAAGUAAUGAAGCUUCUUAAAGUAGGGGUGAUAUACCCUAUAUCAGAUAGCCCUUGGGUCAGCCCCUUGCAAGUGGUCCCAAAAAAGUCAGGAGUCACAGUGGUAGAAAACGAUAAGGGAGAAAUGGUUCCCACACGAGUUCAAAAUGGGUGGAGAGUUUGUGUAGAUUACAGGAAACUUAACUCUAUAACUCGAAAAGAUCAUUUUCCUUUACCCUUUAUUGAUCAAUUGGUAGAACGUCUUGCUGGUCAUGCUUAUUACUGUUUUCUUGACGGAUAUUUAGGUUAUGUGUAGGUACCUAUAGCUCCGGAGGAUCAAGAAAAAACGACGUUCACAUGCCCGUAUGGCACAUUUGCGUAUUGUCGUAUGCCAUUUGGACUGUGUAAUGCUCCAACGACUUUUCAGAGAUGUAUGGUAAGCAUCUUUUAAGAUUAUCUUGAAAAUUUCAUAGAAGUUUCAGAGAUGUAUGGUAAGCAUCUUUUCAGAUUAUCUUGAAAAUUUCAUAGAAGUUUUCAUGGAUGAUUUCACUAUGCAUGGAGAUUCUUUUGAUAGUUGCUUAGAACACCCCACUUUGGUUCUUCAACGUUGUCUUGAAACUAACCUUGUGCUUAAUUCUAAAAAACGUCAUUUCAUAGUUCAACAAGGUAUAGUUUUAGGCCAUAUUGUGUCUUCUGAAAGAAUAAAAGUCGAUAAAGCUAAAAUAGAUCUUAUUUCAUCUCUGCCUUACCCCGCCUCUGUGCGGGAAGUUCGUUCCUUUCUUGGCCAUGCAGGUUUCUAUCGAAGGUUUAUUGAAGGUUUUUCAAAGAUUGCACAACCACUAUGCAGACUACUCCAAAAAUAUGUGGAGUUCCACUUUGAUGAGGCCUGUAAGCAAGCAUUUGACAAGCUAAAAGACAAGUUGGUCACUGCCCCUGUUCUACAACCUCCUAACUAGGAGCUCCCGUUCGAGCUGAUGUGCGACGCUUCUAAUUAUGCUGUAGAGGCAGUGCUAGGCCAGCGGUUGGAAAAGUUCCCCAUGCCAUCUACUAUGCCUCGAGGACUUUGGGUUAGUUAUUGAAGCUGAUGAAGAUAAAGUCCCAAUCAAUGAAGAGUUCCCUGAUGAGCAACUAUAUGCCUUGAACUCAAGAACUCCGUGGUAUGCUGAUUUGGUAAAUUUUCUAGUAUCUGGGAAGUUUCCAGCCAGCUACACUAAAGCACAAAAGGAUCGGAUGCAGAGCAUAGCGAAAUAUUAUAUAUGGGACGACCAGUAUCUCUGGAAAUAUUGUGCAGAUCAAUUGAUUAGAAGGUGCGUACCUGAUUCGGAAUUUCUUUCUAUACUAACUUUCUACCAUUCUUAAGCAUGUGUGGGACAUUUUGGACCAAAGAGAACCGCACACAAGGUUUUAGAGAGCGGAUUCUACUGGCUCUCUAUAUUCAAAGAUGCAUAUGAUAUAUGUACGACUUGUGAUAAAUGUCAAAGGACAGGUACAUUAGGUCCUAGGAAUGAAAUGCCCUAAACUCCUAUUUUAUUUUGUGAAAUUUUCGACGUUUGGGGUAUGGAUUUCAAGGGACCCUUCCCUCUUCUAUCGGUUUUCAAUAUAUUUUGCUUGUUGUCGAUUAUGUCUCGAAAUGGGUGGAAGCUGUAGCCACCCGUACUGAUGAUUCUAAAGUUGUUGCAAAAUUUUGGAAAUCAAAUAUUUUUGCUAGAUACGGAUUCCCAAGAGCCAUCAUCAAUGACAAGGGGACACACUUUUACAAUAAGACAAUAGGAGCUCUCUUGAAGAAGUAUAAUGUGUUUCAUCGAGUGUCCACUGCGUAUCACCCACAAAUAAAUGGACAGGUAGAAGUUUCCAAUCGAGCAAUUAAGUCCAUUCUAGAGAAGACUGUGAAUCCAAACAGGAAAGAUUGGAGUCUCAGCCUCAACGAUGCUCUGUGGGCGUACAGAACAACGUAUAAAACACCGAUUGGGAUGUCUCCUUACAGGCUAGUGUUUGGCAAACCUUGUCACCUUCUAGUAGAAUUGGAACACAAAGCUUUUUGGGCCGUGAAGCAAUGCAAUAUGGAGAUGGAUGUAGCAGGUGAGCAAAGGAAACUUCAGUUACAAGAGCUAGAGGAAAUCCGAAAUGAUGCUUUCGAGAAUGCGAGAAUUUACAAGGAGAUCGAAGACUAAAGCAUUCCAUGAUGAGCGCCUAACACGAAAGAAAUUUACAAUGGGGCAGAAACUUCUGUUGUACCAUUCUCGGCUUAAACUUUUUCCAGGUAAACUCCGUUCUCGAUGGGUGGGGCCCUUUAUUAUUACCAAGGUGUAUGACCAUGGUGCGAUUGAGAUUCGUAGUUAAGAGACCAGGAAGGAAUUCAAGGUGAACGGUCAUCAACUAAAGCCUUACUAUGAGAAUUAUCAGGUCCAGAUCAUUGAAAUGAUGGAGCUAGAGGCUCCAAAUUAUGAAGACUAGUAUGCUGAAAAGACGUCGAGCUAACAACGAUAAAUAAAGCGCUCUUGAGAGGCAGCCCAAUUUUAGGAAAUUUUUUUUUUCUGAUAAUUUUUUACUUUGUUUUCUUGUAAAAAUAAAAAAUAAAAAAAAAAGAAAAAAAAAAACAGCUCUGAUAUUUCGUUUGCUCCUAUUUUUAAGCCUACUAUAAUAUUCAGGAAACUAAUUCUGUUUUUAUUUGGUAUCAGUUGUGGUAGGACAGUGGGAUUGACUAGACACAAUGGUGGAGUUAAAGCUGAGCUGAAACAACACCUGCUUAUCUCCAAUGUGUUUACAGCAAGACUUCGUGAGUAAGUCCAAGCUUGGGGGGAUGCCAUCACACUAGCUACACAGUCAGUACCCUACAAUAUUCAACUCAUCCAGUGAGUUCGUUUCCUUAUCUCUUUCAAUUUUUAUCCCUUUAUUUUUUUACAGUCACACAUUGAGGGCAAUGUGUGAAUUAAGCUUGGGGGGGGGGGGAAUGCAUUAUUUCUGGUCUCUUGCGUUCUCUUGGUAUGUCUCUGGGUAUGGUAUGGUAUUGAGUCUGACAAUGAAAUUUGGACAAUGCUUGGCAUAUUAACAGUACAUUCACUCUACAAUGCUUAACUUUGGCUGAUAGACUUGUAUGUAUGCAAAGAAAAAAAAUAAAAAAAAUAAAAAUAAAAUAAAUAAAAUAAAUUAAUUAAUUUGAUUCCGUAAACAAUAGCUAGCCUGGUGGAAGUCAGCUUGUGGUGAAGUAAAAAGAAAGAAAUGAGUUAGGCAUCAAAGUUUUACACUACAUCAGCCAAAAAGCGUACCCAUGACAUGAUUCAUUGUUAAACCCAAUUUGAGCUUUAUAGACCUACUUUUCUUGCGAAAUAUCUGAGACAUGAAGUACUUGCCUAUAAGAUUUGUAGAGCACAUCGAAGGGUAAAUUGAAUUAUCGUUGUGGUAAUGAUGUAAAUUGGUGGUGAAGUUUAUAUUUUUUAUAAGUUUCAUGUUAAAGGCUCUACGUACCAAUGUAUGGGAAAAAAAUACAAAUAAAAAUAAAUAAAAAUAAAAAUAAACCCAUAUAAGUACGUGUGAUGUUUUAUGUAUCGUGAUUGAGUAACUUGUGUUAGUAAAUCCGUAGGGGUAUCUUAAAACCUAGUGCCUUGGGCCAAUUGGACCGGGAGUAACUGGUUGAAAGCUCGCUACAUGGGUUGCUUGUCAGAUACUUGACACUAAGAGUCAUGAAACACUUUCCAAAAAAAAAAUAAAAUAAAUAAAUAAAUAAAUAAUUUCAUGAAUUGGGAAGGGCCUGUGAUAUGAGUUCUAAUGUUGUGGCUGUGGUUUUGUAUAUUUUGCUCUGCUAAUCUUAAUCCUUCUUACCACAUUCCAAAAUGUUAUCUAAAAACCUCACUUUACCUUGGCCCUGUUUUAUCCUUGAUUCAUGUCCUAAGGAUCUUUGAUUUACUCCACUACAUUGUUGACGGAAGGUAGGCUGUAAUUGUUUUAAGAGUUGGUAAUUGAUUUUGUAAUCAUAAAAAUGAUUUUCCUCCUACAUAUAUACUUGACUUGACGUUGUUAUUGAGCAAAGUGGAGUGAUAUUACAGAAUGCUUAGCUGUUUUUGAUGUGUCAAUAUACUUGGCUUGAAUUUGUAAUUGAGCAAGGAAGUAAUUGUAACAUGUCAGGUUGUAUAUUGUUUUAUCGAGUCUAACUCCACUGUAAUUUCAUGUCUUUACUUGAGGAAAAGCAAAAUUAUAAGCUUGGGGGAGUUUGAUAGAGUCAUAAAAUAUAAUAUUUAUACCUAUUAAACUCUUGAUUUUAUAUUGAUAUUUAAUGGUUUAAUAAUAUAUUAAGUAAUUUUCUUCCCGAGACACGUACUACUACUAUUUUAUUUAUUUGUGUGUAGGAAAGAAAGUAUUGGUACAAAUUGCAUUUUACGACACUUCCAGUUAAGAGAAGCAAAUUGCAAGUGGUCGACUCUCAAGUAUUUCAAGCCCAAAAUUAUUUUACUGGGUAAACAUUUAUAGUUGGGCUUAAAAUACAACAAUAUGUCACAGAGCUCAAAACUCUUCUUUGCUCUCACUGUUAUUGUCAUUAACACACAAAACAAACCACCUUGAGCAAAAUUUCUGGGAUUGAAAUGUCAAGCAAGAAAUAAAGAUGAAAUUGGAUAAUAAUUGGAGCAAGAAACUCGGAUUAGCUGGAGAUCAGCUACACUGAAACAGAAGGGAGGCUGUAUUUCAGCAGAAAACGAAGGGGGUUUGGAGGGUACCAAAUGACAGAGGAAGGAAGUUGAAUUGCAUGCGAGAACAGGUGACAUUCUGGGCAGCAAAAUUUAGCAACACAAACCAGAACGGACUCAGAGCAGCAGUGUAGCGGCGGUGAAGCGAAUCCGAGUUGCUCUAUUUCCUAAUUAUUAAUGCUGCUAAUUAAUCGAGUCUAGAGAGCUUGUUUUAGAUUCUUAGUUAGUUAGAUAAUAUUCCAAGAGCUUGUUUGGUUUAUUUGCAAUUAAGGGAAGUUUUGGAUACUAGUUAGUAUUCAUUAGUUAACAUCAAGAUAUAUGCAUGAUUUAUGUAAUUCAAUGAACAAUUGGUAUUCCAAUGCUAUAAUAUAUCUCCCGAUCCCUAUUUUGUCA